AUGGUGGCUGCGUUGAAGCCAGCACUGCAUUUACUGCAACUCAUUGAAGACCGAAAAUAUGGUGACGCCAAGGAAUUUUUAAAACAUAAACGUGACCAACAAGAUGAUGGUUUGGGAUAUUUGACGCCUGACUUGAUAUACAAAGUAGCUUAUAGUUUCGGAAAUGAGGAUAAUUACGAACUGAGAUCACUUCUUAUGGAGUUAUUCCGUCCUGACUUCAUUGACCAAAUUUGCAAUGAUCUACCGAAAAAAUUGGAAAAACGUCUUUGCGAACGGUUACUCAGCGAGGACGAGGAAUUGGAGCACGCUAUCACUGAAGCAACAUAUGUUCUAUCGUUCUUCAGCGAAUUCUCUCCCAAGACUUCAUAUAAAUUCGAUCAACUCAUUGAUGAUGUGCUCAACAAGAUAUCGUUUGAUGAGGCGGCUGCGUAUCCGUUCCUGAUUUGGCAUGCGAGAGGACAUCCCUUUUCUCCAAGGCUGUUGGGACUCACCGAACCAAUAGUUCUGAUUCCCAGUGUAUACGACCAACGAUUUUUGCGGCAUCGGUUGGUUGAGGGAAUCUGCGAGUAUCUAACUGGCAGUGUGCGAAGGAGCGGAAGUGCUGUUGAACCGCUAGGAAUCGCUCUUCCUUUUCUGUUGAAACUCUGUGAGGAGAAUCGCGAGACUACUGCCUCACAUCUUAAACAAUACAUGGAAUUGUUCAUUUCACUUCUACAGUUCAUAGACGAUGCCAACCUGGAAAUUUAUCAAUUAGAAAUCAUGAAAAUGUCACAAGAUAUCAUAUCAUGUAUUUCUCUGGAGUUUCAAGCUCUUCUAUUGAAAAAUCUUAUAGAGAAGAUCGUCAUGGUUGGAAUGUUGCAUGCAAAGUUCGAAUCGCAAGCUCUAUCAUGGUUGUUGGAUCAGUACGAAAAAAAUUUGGAGGAGAAGGUGUUUGCUCGUGAACUGGGAAGUGUUCUUGGGCUUCUGGAGAAUGUGUCAUACGUCGGUUCUGUUGCAUCAUCAACCUACUAUCAAUCACUUUUGCGAAUCGCUCGGACUUUCGCUCACAGUAAUUGCGUCAAUUCAUCACUGUUGGCAGAGAUACGAGAAAGACUGGUCAAACCGAUUCAGUCACAAUUCAAGAAAAGCCUUCGAUGUAAUUUUCCGGAGACUACUGGUGGUGAAGCCAAUGUGCUCGUGAAUCGGCUUCGUGAGUUGCCGGUAUUUGAUGAAGAUUCCGCGAAACAGAUUUUAUCUGUGCUACAAAGCUGCGAACAAACCCUGACUGUUAUCAAUAAGGUACUCGCAGCUUUCCGUCAAACCUGUCACUGUUCCUCUUUGGGAUGCUUUCCUGCACCUGCCAUGGCAGUCAGCCCUGCUGACUGGGAGGAGUUUCGUGAUGUUCUGCCGGUAAAACUCGCAGAGAAUUUGCCGACCAAUAAGAAUGGCAACUUGCUGGAUGCUGCGCUGGAAACAGCGUAUAUUCUAUUCUCAUUCAAAGGCAUACCAUUUGCUAUACCUGACAGUAUGUCCGAAGCUUUCACUGAAGCCAUGUACAGCCUUGAUCUGGACUUAAAUAACGCUUUUCCUUUCCUCGUUUUAUUUUCCAAGAGUCAUCCUUUCUCGCCAAAACUAGUUGGUAUUACUUCGCCUACAGUACUUAUUCCAAGCGUUUAUCAUCGGCAUUUUUUGGCAAGGCAAUUAGUGGAAGGUCUGAGAAUCUAUGUCGAGGAAAGUGAAUACAGUCGCGACAAUCACUACAUCCAACCUAUGGUGACAACUCUGGACGUCAUUUUGAACAACCUGAGAGAGGUGAGCUCGAGCGACAUCGAUCCAUGUGCUGACAUGAUACUAUGCCUACUAUCAUUCAUAGAAGAUUUCGAUCUACAUUUCUUUCGCUUACCGAUCAUGACUAAAUGUCAAGACAUUAUUCACUUAUUUCCAAGCCAGCUAAGGUGUCUAUUGCUCAAGCUUAUUGUAUCACGGCUUAUUGAAGAUGACGAAGUGGAUUUUGACAAUGAAUCCAACUUAGUAGCGUGGUUUAUCGAUCUCUACAGAAGGUUCAAUUCGGCGAUGUUGUCAGAAGUAGAGACGAGAUUGGUUGGAAGGAUCCAUGACCAAUUGAAGGACUACAUUCGUCUGGAAGAAAUGCGAGAGAAGGAUAAAAAACAGAGGAAAGAGAUAGAAAAAAUUCCCAAAGAAGUGCAGCUUCAGCUCAAGCUCGCUCCUGAAGAACCGGUAGUUGAUCAACUGCAAUUGGUAAUGUUUGGUUGUGAACAGGCUAAAAAAUGCAUAGCGGAUGCCAUAGAGAGAUCAAAAUAA